AUGGCCGCCACCAACUCAAAACCCCUCUUCACAGUUCCCAUCCCACCCCUGGGCGCCCACCCGGGCGGCGCCAUCGUAGCCACGGAGCCCGCGCCGGCCGUGUACCUGCUCACCAUCACCUCGCCGCCCGACAACCGGCUGACGACGGCGUCAUGCACGGCCCUGCUCGACGCGCUCGACCUGAUCGAGUUCGGCGGCUACACCCCCGGCGUGGUGGUCACGACCAGCGGCAUCGCCAAGUUCUACUCGAACGGGCUCGACCUCGAGCACGCCGUGGCCACGGACGGGUUCAUGCCGCGGGUGCUGUAUAGGUUGUUUCACCGCUUUCUCACAUACCCCAUGCCAACAAUAGCCCUCCUCCCGGGCCACGCCUUCGCGGCCGGUCUCAUGCUGGCCAUGCACCACGACUACCGGGUCAUGAACCCGACGCGCGGCUUCGCGUGCGUCAACGAGCUCGAGUUCGGCGUGCCGCUCAAGGCGGCCAUGAGCAGCAUCUUCCGGCUGAAGCUGGCACCGCAGGCGUACCGGCAGCUGGUGCUGGAGGCGCACCGGUUCGGCGGCGCCGCGGCGGUCGACGUGGGCAUCGCGGACCGCGUGGGCGGCCUCGAGGCCGUGCUGGCGCUGGUGGCGGAAAAGAAGCUGGCGGGCAAGGCCAAGACGGGCAUCUACGGCCUGCUGAAGGCCGAGAUGUACCGCGAGAGUGUGGCGCUGCUGAGCGCCGAGGGGCAUGCGGCCGAGGAGGCGAGGGAGAGGCGCUUGGCGGAGAGCGAGGGGGAGAGGCGGGCCGCAGGGGAGAGGAGGGUGAGGGAAUUGAGAGAGAAGGCGAAGCUGUAG